AUUUAUAGACCUUUGGCUAGAAGGGAGACAACUCUUUUACUGUCUAGUUACCAUGAACAGAUCAUGAACCAUAGCGGAUAUGUUUGAUGUUCAAGAUUGAGUAUCGCAUUUAGAAAAAAACAGAUGUCCAAAUGUAAAUUCCUAAAACAGUUACGUUGAUGAUGGCUUCAUACCAUUUGAGUGAUGACGGUUGUCAACGCGUAUUGUCUAGAGCUCACAAUGACCUAGUACUGAAAAUUAAUGUAGACACAGCGCUAAACUUUCUUGGACGCUUUCUGGAGGUACACGACGCUGAUGAAAUAAAGAAUUUAUUUACGAAUGAAGCGAAAUGUCGUGUAUUGAUGAGAAGGAUAGGUAAAGGUGGUGUGAAAACCUACAGGAAGUUCAAAGAAUACCUAGCAAGUUACCACAGCGAUUUGUUAAAGACCCUUGAAAAGCAUGAAGAAGAACUAACUAUGGAGCACCCAGAGAACGAAGUUGUCAAUUCGAACACCAACCUAACAGACGUACAUCUCGCACGAAUAGCACUUCAGAUACGCCAUCAGUUUGAUCCUACUGCAGCCAAUUUGAGGAUUGCAGAACAAACCAUCCAAGACAUUAAGAAACACUACAGUUAUUCCAAUUACGAACAAGUUUAUCAAUUUCUGUAUGAAUGGAAAGAACAAAACAAAGCUGACGCUACAUUUGGCUUUCUAAUAACUAAACUACAGAAGUGUCCUGGACUUUGGUCCUUGAGGUUGUCGGAUUUCGGUAGACAGACACUCGAGGAUGAUGGAGAUGAAAGAAAUUUUCAAAACAUCAGCACAGAUAUUACAAUAACAAUGAAGAAAGACUUAUACGACGGGUGGUUAAUAUAUCUUCAAAAACAAUAUAUUGACAAAUUGAAACGACAAUCUCGUAAAAUUUACGAAGGGCAUGAUACAAGCGUCUUUAUAACGGACCGGAAAAUAGAUACCUUCACAACAAGACUAGCAAUUAAGCAAAUCACGAAACCAUCUGUCUAUAGAACAAUCAUCGAUGCACAAAUCAUAAAGGAAACGUAUGUGGCAAAAAUAUUGCAUUUCGGCAUUGUUCCUCUUAUUGCACACCAUGAAGAUAAGGUGAACGAGUAAGUUUUGCGUGU